CUUACUUUACGGUUGUGUUUUGUCGCAAUGUCCGGUGGCGUGCAGGACCAAAAUUGUUGACUGAGUGUGUGUUACGCGAUCUACAAUUGACGAGUACCUACAUACAUACAUAUAUAUACAUAUAUACAUAUGUACACUUUAUCGCGUUCAGCAGCGCGUAUGAGUGAAUUGGAUUGAAUUGAAAGUACGAGCUAACGGACACUGUGGUAGCGACGUCCGCAAUUGUAUCGGGCAGUCUGUGGUCUUUGGUCCACAGUCCGUGUCCGUGUGCGCGGAUGAAUUUUCUUUUUUUCUCAGUAGCACAAUCUAAAUGCUUUGGAUGUUUUGUUUACGAGACGUAUGUAUUUCCAAAUGGUAUUUUCUCACAUGUAAACUCUCUUCGAAACUUUUGUCCACACUAAUUGAAAUAAGUGAAAAUAUCCUUAAAAAAUCUCAUGUGCCGCCGGAACUGUCAAUCAUAACAUUUUCAAUUCAAAAUUGUGUCACAACUACGCACUCCAAUUUACGAUUCUGUCAGCACAAGCCUAAUUGAUUGACACACACACACGCACACAUACUCACACUUGUGUGCUCAUUGAAUAUUCGGAAGUGACAACCGUUAGAAAAAACGAAGAAGUGUUGUUGCAAAACGCGAAGACUGCAUGCAAAAAGUGGUAGCAAACAAGAAAGUGCAACAUUGUUAACGAGAAAAGAACAUGUAAUUCCAGUGACAAAUACAAAAAAAAAAAAAUUUAAUAAAAAAAGUGUAGCAAUAACAACAGCAAAAAGUCCGUUAGUAGCACCAAACUACAAAAACAAUAAAAAAAAGUGUUACAAUAACUAAAUAACAACAACAAACAAAUCAGCAAAAAAACAACAACAACCUAAAGUAUAACGCACACUCAACUUGGCCCAACAUCCGUCGGUGUGGUGCGUCACAGAUCCAACAUUGAAGAGGAAGUGCAUCAACUCGCACCGUACGCUCUCACGCUCCGCUCCAAGUCAAUGGAGAGAGAGCAAUAAAGGAUGCCAACAAGUGGUUACAAUAAAAGAUCAUAGCGACGAUAUGCAACCGGCAGUCACUUAAAAUAACGGUUGCACUCAAGCUGCCCACAAAUGCGCCUAUGCAGUAAUGCGCAAGAAGCAGCAGAAGCGGCAGUAAAAAUAAAUUAGAAACGAAAAAAAUAAACCAACGUCGUGUUGAUCAUUUGAAUUGUGAUUUGUUUUUUCUUCCUGCCUGCCUGUUUGCCUGUCUACCAGCCUGCCUGCCUCAACUGGUUGCCGCCAGAGUCACCAGCCAUCACAACCUGCCCAUUGGCGGUCGACCUGCUUGUGCCCGCACAAUUGUUUGUGUCUGUCGCUAUCUGCCUGCCGGCCGGGCAGCGGAUAUCCGUUCCGUUUGCAAUUAUAUUGGGUGUCCGUUGUGCAAUUAAUUGUGUACAGUCUCGUUUAAAUUGCGGGAAACUUAUGCGACGUGGCGACCCUAUAUGCCAGUUAGCGCAGCGGCGCCACACAAACACCAAACUAACAAACACUCGCUCGUCCACUAGCUAUAACCGCGUAAUUCCGUUACUUAGUUGCAAUUUAAUCGGCCAACAACACGAAUACAGGAAUAUUCAGAGCAUCUGAACGGCACCAUUGCAGAGCUUUUGCAGUAAGUGCUGACCAACAACACAACACAACACAACACGACACAGCACAACUACAGUGGUUGUGGCGUUGGUCGGUGUAGCCAAUUGUUAAGGCUGAUCAGCUGCGCAUUCGCACCACCAACCUGGCUUCAGUAGACGACUCGCAAGCGAAACGGUACAAAUGCCCAAUUGAGAUUUCGAACGCAUCUCAGAAACACCGCCUCGCGCCUCCCCAUUUCUUAUGCUUGAGCAGUUAGUGUAAUGAGUUUGCCCAACGUUUACGAGCAGUUGAACAUCACCAGUAAGCCAAAAACAAAUUCACCACAAACCGAAAGACGCCAGUAAUGAGAGAGAAGGACCAUUCGCCAAGAAAAAUGCUGCCCAGCCCUAAGCAAGGGUCCGUUUAUCCAUUGUUAGGCCUUGUGCCCGCCACUACAUAUGCAUCACAAGUACCUUAUGAUCUGUCGGUGACGGCAGCGCGCACUUCGUCGGCUGCCGCGAGUACGUCACCACUCUCACUCACUCUAUCUGCCUUAAGUCAAAGCCACAAAGAAGCCAAGAACCGCAAACGCUGUAGUAGUUAUGAUCAGCCGCUCGACUUGCGGCUGGCGCAUAAAAAACACGAUGGAUCUAGCGCAAGUGGUGCAUCCUCACCGUUGGAGGAUGAGAAUAGCAAUCUCAUACAUAGCAUAACAAAUUACAACACCAACAGCAGCAACUCCAAUUGUCACGGCGCUGCGUCGCCUAGUAGUCAUAGCAGUCCUAGUGCCCAUACAACGUCGCAGAAAACGCGCACUUUCAACAGUCGCAUACAACGAGAUUCGCCACCGACGACGGACAUCAGUUGUGAAAAGGAACUCAAUAACAACACCCUCCCGGCGCUGUGUCUCGAUGCCAUCACCGCAAAUCUGGAUAGUUUAAGUGGAAAGAAUAAACAACGCUUACGCUCCCAAAAGUCCGAGCUGGGUGUGGCAUGCUUGCGUAUCUCCGAGUCAUUGCAUUUAAAUGCCGCCGCUGCAGCAGCAGCUGCAGAUCGAUUACCCUUCGUAUCGUCUGCUCUGCAUCCAACACUGCUAGAAGCGAUGGCUAAAGCCAUACCGCUGCCGUACCGCAAUCCAUUUGUGCUGCCGCGUCCAUCCCCUACCAACACCUUUCCUUUUCUACAGCCACCCAUGCAAAAGGAUAUGCUACACAAUCAACUGCGUAACGAGCCAACUCUCGAAUUUCACUAUGACAGCGGCUCUGGUCGUAAUGCUCUCUCAGAUGCGCUAACACACCCCCAUGGCGCCGCCAAUAUAAAUGCCAGUGCAAAUAAAGCGCCACUAAAUGUCGGGGGCAACGGUAGCGGAGCCGCGCUCGGCGGCAGUGAUGCGGGUGGCACGCUGAAACACUUGCAACAAACCAACAGCCACAAUCAACAGCAGAUAAAUCACCAUGUACGUCAACAACAACAACUUACCACCGGUCCGGGCGGCCGUUCCUCUCUCGGCACAGAUGGUGUAGUUGCACACCACAACAACAGCAAGAAAUCGAUGAGCGCUUCACGUGCCGGCAUAUCGGCGAAUGCAACAGCCAAUACCGCAACGGCGCAGUACAAAAGCAAAGAUCGCUAUACUUGUAAGUUUUGCGGCAAAGUCUUUCCGCGCUCCGCCAAUCUAACUCGCCACCUACGCACGCACACCGGCGAGCAGCCGUACAAGUGCAAAUACUGUGAACGUUCCUUCAGCAUAUCCUCGAAUCUACAGCGUCACGUGCGCAACAUACACAACAAAGAGCGACCCUUCAAAUGCGAGAUCUGCGAGCGUUGCUUUGGUCAGCAGACAAAUUUGGAUAGGCAUUUGAAAAAACACGAAAGCGAUGCCGUAUCGCUCGGCUUGGGCAUGAACGAGCGUAUACGCGGUCUACGUCGCGGUGGCUUCUGCGAUAAUCCUAAUGAAGAGUCCUACUUUGAAGAGAUACGUUCCUUUAUGGGUAAAGUGACACAAUUGCCACUCAGUGCCGCAGCAGCUGCGGCGGCUGGCCUCCAAACAACACAAACGCCGACUAUUGUUAAUCAAGCGAACGCGCCAAAAUCGCCUUCCACACGAAGCUCCGCGUCGAGUAGUUCAGAUCGUGAUUCAUCAACCAGUGGUGGUGUCUUGCAAAUAGUGCAAAAUGAUUUGUAUUUAGAACAGGAAGCGGAAGUGGAAACGGAUGCGGAUGCUGAAAUAGAGACAGACAUCGGCGAAGUGACUGCGGUGACCGGAGAAACUAUUGCGGACGCGGAACUCACAUCAACGCUGGCAGAAAAUUGUAAAGGUGCUGAUGAGACGGUGACAACUCAAGUGCCGAUAACUAGUAUCACAAGUGCUACAACAGCAACAACAACCACAACAACAACAACGACGUCGACAAAUCGCAACAUGACUCGCAGCUCGCGACAAUCAGGCGACAAGAGUGUGUACUACACGCCGCCGGAACUGGGCUUCAAACGUGACAGCAGCAGCAAUAGUGGCAGCCCAUUAUGUGCCACCUGACCUGGCUGACUAUUGGUUCCGCCACGUUGCCUGCGUAUGUAGUUUGUAGCGUAGAUUUAUUGAUUGUAACUGCGAAUAAAAAAAAAUAU